GCUGCACUACCACCACCAAAAUGGAGCCAUUUCAACCUCCCAACCACCAACAUUUCCCAUCACGAGCUUUUCCCAGCUUCCCUCACCCAGCCAUCCGCGCUUGCUAGUGCAGCGCAGUAAAACCAUCAUGGCUCCCGCACAUCCUUCUGUUUGCUUUUCCUUUUGCUUCUCCAGUUUUUUCUCGUAUACCCUACAGUCGCUUUUGCAACUAUUCGUUUUCGAUCGACAUCGAUAUCCACCGUCCUGUCAGUGCCCGUCCUUGAUCCUGCAGCAACAGCAAGAAGCACAACAUCGACCAGGCCUGUCAACUUGAAGCACCAGACUUGAGACGAGCUCUCUCUCUCUCUCUAUCUCUCAAACACAUCACACCGCCAGCAGCUGGUGGUCCAUCGUCAAGAUGCGGCCCUCUGCUCCCCUCCCGCUGCUGCUAUCCGUCUCCACAGCAGCAAACGCGAUCCCCCUCAUCGAUCGUCUCCUACAUCUUCGUGACACAAAGCCAACAAAGACCUAUUCGGUGGUCAAUGUUGAGGGAAGUCCCAGCGCCGACCCGCCAGUCGUCACCGUCACAAGAUCGCCGGUUCAGACAACGGUCACGCAGAGGGUCACCGAUACCAUCACCCAGAUCUCGUCUGCAGUACAGACAACAUCUACAUCCCUCAUCAUCGUGAACGUCGAUGGCACCACGGACAGCGGCCCGGCAACCGUCACUGUCUACCCAAGCGUCAAGCCUACCCCUGAAUCAACACCUUUGACAGUCACUCCCACGACGGCACCAACAACGCCACCAGUUGCUCCUCCAUCAAGUUCUGCUGAGCCAGCACCCUCCUCAGCUGCACCGUCAACUCAAGUCUCCCAGUCUGUUCAGCCAGCUCCUUCUUCAACAGCUACGCCGGGCGUCCCUUCGAGCAUCGCCAGUCCUCCAUCAACCCCGUCCUCGAGCGCCCCUGUCGUGGUGCCUCCCCCGUCAAGCGAAACGUUGGCGUCGCCUAGCCCAUCCUCGCCAGUGCCUUCAUCGCCGUCGACAUCUGCAAUCGAGCUGCCGCCCUCUACAGAAACCCCAGUGGCACCAUCAUCGGCACCUGUUGGCUCAUCCACCGCCAUUGUUGUGCCUCCUCCUUCGACGGAAACGCAGGCCAUUCCCAGUUCGUCCCCGUCACCGUCCGCCAGUGUCUCCACGGGAGCAGUGGAGCCUCCAUCAACAUGGACAUCUAUUGCGGCACCCCCAGCAUCGUCCUCAGCAGCCGCAGUUCCCAGUUCUUCAGAGACCAAUGUGGUGCCCCCUCAGUCGUCAGCAACAUGGGCUGCUCCAAGUGAACCGGUUUCAACACCAGUUGAAUCGUCUGCGGUCAUCGUCCAGCCUCCCCCGCCCACGGAGACUCCGGUUGCGCCGACUUCUUAUAUCACUCCCCCUGUGGAACCAUCGUCUGCUCUUCCACCUAACGUAACAUCAUCAUCAUCAUCAACCUCGACGACUAUAACUUCUACCUCUACUAGCACAAGCGUCACAGAGGCUUACACGCCGCCGACUCCUACCCAAGUCUAUGAGACCACCUAUCAAACCUCAUGGGUACAGACGCCCAGCUCUUUCCCUCAACCCUCAACCUUCGUCACCAGCAUCAUCAGUGUGACAACAUCUUCCUCGGUCCCGGAGUCUACCACGAGCUUUGACGAUGGUGAUUGGUCUACCACCAAGUACCCCGAGUGGAACGGUACUGCCAGCGCGAUCCCUCGCUACCGCCGAUGAAGCGGGGUGCCCAUUUCCUUUUGCUAUUACGGAAAAGACGAUUUAUGUCUAAUGUACUUUCACAUGUUUUGCAUAUCCUCAGCAUGGCGUAAUUGGUUCUGCUAGAACAUGGGAGGUUGUUUAAACUUAAGGCAUGGGUAACACGUGCGAACGAGACCUGAGAAACGACGCAUCAUUCAGGGCCAAGGGCCAUCUCGGACUGUGGGAAGAGAGCUCACAGCAGCACAGACCAAGAGCUGGAACGCGCUGUCAUCAAUGGGUUUCCUAAUGUCUAAUAAGAUAGAACUUGUAUAUACUCAAUCAACC